GUUUAACUAAGAUUCCUGCUCCUGCUUUUUAAAUUAACAACAUGGGUAAAAUAAGAAAACCCAAGCGUACGAAGGUCAGGCAAAAUGUAGUCGCUCAGAAUUCCGAUGAAGAAGAAGAAGUGACCGUGGAUACGAAAGAAAAUGUAGUUCAAACUAUCCUCGAUCAGAUACAGGCUGCCAAUGUGGAAGAGAAAUAUUGUGGCCUUCAGACCUUUGCCAUGUUCAUAGAAACUCCGGAAAACAUUGAACUUGUUCUAAACAAAGGUCUAAUCAAAGUGGUAGCUCCGCUGUUGCUAGAUCAGGCCAGUUCCGUCAGGAAUGCCGCUGCUGGAGCGCUGCGGAACUUCUCUGCUGCGGGACAUGAGGCUUGUGAGGGCCUGCUUGAACAAGAUGCUAUGACCACACUAAUAUGUUAUUUCCAUGAGCAUACAGAAUCCUUUACACCAGAGUCCAGUUCUGCUUCUAAAGAUGAGGAUAUGGACACAAUUAUUCAGUGUAUUAACCUGCUUUGGAACUUGUGUGAAAGCUCAGAUCUUGCUAUCAAGUACCUUGGACAGUCAAGAAUAUUAGACAUAUUACCCAGAUACCUGGAUUUGACAACUUUUGGUAAUGACAUUGUUACUGCAGUGUUACAAUGUCUUAUAGUAGUUGUAGAAGAUAAUCCCCAAGCUAUGGAGAAAAUAAAGUCUAACUCAGAAAAGCAGUUACAGGAGUUACUGUCAUUAGAGAGCAAUGAGCCUGCAAUGCUUUUAGUGAAGACUCUUGCUGCCGGAGUCACUAUAAACACAUGUGGUGGAAAUAUAUCCAGUCUGCCUGGUAAUGUUAUUCACCAGAUUAUUGCGAUUCUGGCCAAUACUCUCUCUGAAGAUCAUAGAGCAGCAUGUAACCAGCUUUCUAGUGAUGUGCCAUUGCCUGAUGGAGCGGGUAAGAUAACAGCGCCAAAAGGAAAAGCGGUUCAAGCAUUGGAAAAUCACAUAAAAUCGGUCACACAAAUGUUAGAUGCACAGCAGAGUGCUGUGGAAAUUAUCGCUAAUAUUUGUUCUAGUGAAGACGCCGAAGACUCUGUGGACGGUGGGGAUUCAUCAGACAGUGAAGACCUGCCUGAUGAUGACCUGAAUUGUAAUGGAGAAGAAACUAUGUUGCCUGAAGAUAAAUUACCGACUGAAAUUUUAGAGGCCCUGGUGUCACUGGAGAUAUUUGAUAAGGUGUGGGCGAAAACGCAGUUACCUGCGGAAAAUGUGUUGAUGAUAUUGAAAGAAUAUGAGGGCUCAGCAUUGCUCUAUAAAAAACUUCAAAAUCUACAAACACGAUCUCUGCUAUGCGUGAACAACAUGUUAUCAAGUUUACCCAUAGAGAACCUUGGUGGGGUAAACGGCGUAUACAGGCUUUGGGUGGAGGCGGGCAAGAUGGUCUUUAAACAGAACUCCGACGCGGUCCUUUUGGAGUCCGCCACGGCCGUCAUGAGAGCGUCGUUAGAUAAAAUAAAGCUCAGGGAGAAUGGAAGCGCUGAUAAUGUUCUAUUCAGUGACUUGGCUGUCUCUGAUUUGGAGAUGAUGUUAACAGGCAUCCGCGAAUGUACUGCCCCAGAAAUACGAUCCAACCUGAUCCGCAUGAUAGGACUCCUGGCUCUCCUAUUGGUGAACACCUUGAGCGACGCCUCGGCAAACGUAAUAUGCACCAUCACAGACUUCUUAUUAGACCAAGCGCAUAAAGAAAAUGAAGUUUGGGUGCUAGCGGAGGCAGUAGAUACUAUCAUUGAUUUAUAUUCAGAAGAUGAAACAGAUGCCCUGGCUGCUAAACUGAAUCUUGUAGAAAAAUUGAAUGCGUUAUCACCAGUACUCAAGAACAAGGCAAGGCAGCAAAAGAAGCUACCAAAGGAAUACAAAGUUCUCGUCAGCACUGUCACGUCAAAUUUACCAAGGUUUAUUAAGUAUAAGAAAGGAAGAAUAAGUAAGUUAUGAAAUGUUUAUAUACAAUAACGAAUAUGUAUACACAUAGUCCAAUAUAUUUUACAAAAUUACGACUUGUAGUAUAAUUUUAUUAAAGUUAUCUAAGUAAAUCAU